AUGGUACACCUUGUGGCUGUACCAGAGACAAUCACGGCAAGUGGCUGUGCUUGUGUCUUUAUUGACACCAUCUUCCGACUUCAUGGGUUGCCCCGUGAACUCGUAUCAGACAGAGAUCCACGAUUCACUGCUGAUUUCUGGCGUUCCGUGUUCAAAUCACUCGGAACGCGCUUGAAGAUGUCUACAUCUGAUCAUCCAGAGUCAGAUGGUCAGACGGAACGUGCCAAUCGUGUCCUUGAAGAGAUACUUCGAGAAUACGUACACUCCUUUAAGAGUUGGAGUGAGUUUUUGCCAAUGGUAGAGUUUGCCAUCAACAACUCGGUGCAUGCGUCCACGACACACACACCGUUUUACGUGAAUGGCUUGCGCCAUCCGCGUGUACCCACCUUACUAGAGUGUAACUCUGGUUUAAGGGGAAGAGGGACUCGCGCGAGCAAAAACCGAUUUGGUUCACGCUCAUCACGCUCUGACGAAGAGGUCAUUGCGUUUGAUGCCGAUAUCGAUAACAUCGAUAUCGAAGAAGAUGAUGCCAGUGAGAGCGCGGAAGCCCUCACUGAAGAAAAGAGUGAUGUCGCUGCAGUGCACUCAUAG